AUCAGGUGCGCUCGUGGAGACUGUCGCUUUAAGGGGUUGUUGCAUGGAGAAGCUGGUGAUUUUCCACUCAAACUGAUAUUAAGGCAAACGUCUCCUGUGAUCGUCAUGGUCACGCGGGAAAAUUGCCUUAAUUGUUUCAAUCAACGCUGAACGUGAUAAACGUGACGAAGAGCAAACGGCCCUGGCGACAGCAUGGCCCAAAAAGAGAAGCUUCAAUGCCUGAAGGACUUUCACAAGGACACGUUGAAACCCUCGCCGGGGAAAAGCCCAGGCACGCGGCCUGAAGACGAGGCCGAAGGCAAGGCUCCGCAGAGGGAGAAGUGGGCCAGCAAGCUUGACUUUGUCUUGUCUGUAGCCGGAGGCUUUGUCGGCUUAGGAAACGUCUGGCGCUUCCCUUACCUUUGUUAUAAGAAUGGCGGAGGUGCAUUCCUCAUCCCUUACUUCAUCUUCUUGUUUGGGGGAGGCCUGCCUGUCUUCUUCCUGGAAGUGGCACUGGGGCAGUACACCUCUGAAGGGGGUAUCACCUGCUGGGCCAAACUCUGCCCCAUCUUCACCGGUAUUGGCUAUGCCUCAAUUGUGAUCGUUUCCCUGCUGAAUAUCUACUACAUAGUAAUCUUGGCCUGGGGACUUUACUACCUAUUCCAGUGCUUUCAGCCGGAGCUUCCCUGGGCCAAAUGCAAGCAGCCCUGGAACACAGAACACUGUGUGGAGGACACUGUUAGAAAGAACAAGUCCCUUUGGCUUAUGGCCAAUGUUACCAACUUUACCUCCCCUGUGACAGAAUUCUGGGAACGCAAUGUCCUGAGCAUCUCCUCUGGGAUCGAAGACAUUGGGCCCCUCAAGUGGGAUCUGGCCCUUUGUUUGUUGGCAGUGUGGAUUAUCUGCUUCUUCUGUAUCUGGAAGGGAGUCAAGUCUACAGGAAAAGUCGUGUAUAUAACGGCGACGUUCCCAUUCGUGAUGCUGAUUGUGCUGCUUGUACGUGGAGUGACUCUGCCAGGUGCAUUAGAAGGCAUCAAAUUCUACCUUUACCCUGACUUGUCUCGCCUGCAGGACCCAGAGGUUUGGAUUGACGCGGGUACUCAGAUUUUCUUCUCCUACGCCAUUUGCUUGGGUGCUAUGACAUCACUUGGGAGCUACAACAAAUACAAGUACAACUGCUACAGGGACUGUUUGCUGCUGGGAGUCCUCAACAGCGGUACCAGCUUUGUGUCUGGCUUCGCAAUAUUUUCCGUCCUGGGCUUCAUGGCACAAGAACAAGGGGUGGACAUUGCCGAUGUGGCAGAGUCAGGUCCCGGCUUGGCCUUCAUCGCCUAUCCGAAAGCAGUGUCCAUGAUGCCACUGCCAACUUUCUGGGCUAUCCUCUUCUUUAUCAUGCUGCUGCUACUAGGUCUUGACAGCCAGUUUGUUGAAGUGGAAGGACAGAUCACAUCCUUAGUGGAUCUAUAUCCGUCCCUCCUCAGGAAGGGUUACCGGCGAGAGAUCUUCAUCGCCAUCAUUUGCUUCAUAAGCUAUCUCCUCGGACUUGCCAUGGUAACUAAGGGUGGCAUGUACGUGUUUCAACUCUUUGACUACUAUGCAGCCAGCGGUGUGUGCCUUUUGUGGGUUGCAUUCUUUGAAUGCAUUGCUGUAGCCUGGGUUUAUGGAGUUGAUAAUUUCUAUGAUGGCGUCGAGGAUAUGAUUGGCUACAGACCAAACCCGUGGAUGAAAUGGAGCUGGUCCUUCAUCACACCAGUCCUUUGCAUGGGCUGUUUUGUUUUCUCCCUGGUCAAGUAUAAGCCUUUGACCUACAACAAAGUGUACGAGUAUCCAGAAUGGGCCAUCGGCCUGGGCUGGUGCUUGGCCUUGGCCUCUAUGAUCUGCAUCCCAAUGGUGAUGGUCAUCAAGAUCUUGCAGUCUGAGGGGCCCCUGAUUGAACGGAUCAAAGCGGUGGCGGCCCCGGCCAAGUCAGGGGUGAGCUCGCGACCCGAAGAGCUGACGGCAAAGGACAGCGAGCUGACGGAACCCCUGGACCCCAACGGGAACAACGGCCUGAUCAAGUCCACCCACACCAUUGUAGAAACAACCAUGUGAGCGCUCUCUGUGAGAGGAAUAAUAAGAUACAUGUGCUUUCUGUCUUAUCGUAUUUGCUAACGUUGCUAGGUUUACAAUGACCUGCAUAUUCACAUUAGACAUCCUGUGGUUUGAUAUCUAUGAGAAUUAUGUAUUGUUGUGAUUAUCUCUUAUUUUAUACCAUAUCUAUUUUGUUAAUGUUAACUGUUGUUGCUGUAGUUGACAUUGAUCGUAAGCAGUACAAUAUUUUGACAUAGAACAUGUUCAAUGUUUACUACCUUUCUUCUUGUUGAUUCCGGAGAUUUGAGGUAUUUUCCAUCAGACAAAGAAGGAGCAAUGAAAUUCUCAGUUCUCUUAUUGAAAGGGUAGCCCAUAUGUGAACACUCGAGGUGAAUGCAGCAGCAUUGUUACUGAGUUAAUUUGUCACGUUCAACUGAUUCUGAACAGCAAUGUAUCUCGUCUAUAGGUAAUUGUGAGCCCAAAUCUCUGGUCCCCAUCCACCGGGUACCGCUCCAUGGCACAUUUGCUACCGGGCCGCGGAGAAAUACUAAAUAAUUUGUUAACGACCGCAAUCUGAUUGACUUAUCAGAGUAGAUUUGUGUAUGCCGCCCUCUAGUGUUUGGCUGCCAUUACUGGGGUGUUUGCACACCAAUAGCAGCCCAGCGUUUGUCAAUGUAAACAGCAGUGUUUGCUGCUGUUGGCUGUGUGCUGCAGGUGGCGCACCUCAGCAGUGGCGGACGGGGUACUUCCAGUUGUUUUGCUCGUAUUACUGUGCGCUUGUCCUCGAUAAUGACGUAGACGCAUUAGAUUUGUUCCCUGAAAUAAGCCCACACGUUAGCGAAAAUGAAGAAAAACACGUCUUUGGGCAGCUUUUUUACGGGGAAAAGGCAACCUGCUGAGCCAGAAGAGGAAUCUACAACCAAGUCUAUUCUGCAUAAUAUGUGACUAAAAGCUAGGAAACGAGGCAACAAAAGCAAAUGCAGUGAGAGCAUCAUACCUCGUGAUCAACCGCAUUGCUAAAGCCAAAAAAACUUUCACGAUUGGAGAAGAACUCACUAUGUCUGCGACAUGUCAAGUUUUAGGAGAGGCCGCUGUUAAAAAAGGUUAAUUCAGCAUAUGGUGAGUUAUAUUUUCCCUGCACUUAUUGUUUGUUUUUAGCCCCGUUGUAAUAUUUUAUAUUUACUGUAAUUUUCUGCCACACAUUGCUGGUCCGUGAAAAAAAAAUGCCCAUAUCACACCGGUACGUGGUGUAAAAUAGGUUGGUUGUGUUAGGGGACUUCAUAUAUUUUUCAACAUGCAGCAUUUACACUGUAGGACCUUGCUUUUAUUUGAAGGACUUGGCCAAAUACAAUGAUAAGCACAUUCAUUUGAAGGUCCGCAUUAAGAAAAUGUAGAUCAAAAUCACAAGUGAAAAAAAGUGACAUUUUUGUGUAUUUGUACACUUGUGCGACUGCCAAGGUCAGUCACGGUGCAUUUUUUUUUUUUUUGAAACCUCUUUGCACUUUAUUGCUGUUUCACCUUUGUUGUAGUGUUUGUUUUUAUUGUUGCUGUAGAACAUGCAAGCCAUUUCAGCAAGUAAUAUUUUAAUGUAGGUUUUUGACUUUGUAAAUGUUAAUAAAUCCUAGUUUAGUGAACAUGUCAUUCUUAAAAUGAUACAUCUUGAUUUAUACAUAAUACUGGGGAACAGGUUUAUUGUUUAAACUAAAAUUGGCAUGCUGAUUCUAAAGUUGCGGUCGUUUUUUUCUAUUUUUUUUCUCCACACCUUACCUGCUUACCAUGUUACUACUUGAACAGUUAGAAUUACAGUAACAAUAUUUCUAAAAACACAAGCCUGUUAAAUAAACAUGACUGUCAUGUUUUUCUUUCAUAUCUCAUUGAAGGGCAAUUGAGAAUUUUUCCAAAACACUUAUGUUAAGUACAGUUUUUUU